CUCAGCCUUGCUCGUAUUCGCUACGUCGGCGGCACCCAAUCGCAGGCGAUUCUGCGGACCCAGCCAAAGAUGAAAAAGCUGGAUAAGCAAUUUAGCUUGCCGCUAUAUCUUAUUGUCUCCACUGAGGUCUCGCGGUCUUCAGAGGCUUGGUUCUGGUGCAGAGGAUCUCGUUUUCCUCAUUAGGUAGUCUCGUGUUCGCUAGAGCCUGCGUCCAUCUGAGCAUCAUGCUGUUCAGAGUAUAUAUACGGGCAUCAUGACUUCGACAGUUGCUAUCCUGUACGAUUAGAAUUACAACUCAUAUACCUUACUUUACCUGGACUACAAAUACCCAUACUGGCUGCUGAGCUGAAUAUAUCUAUUUGAACGACCUGCCGCAACGCAUCAUGACAGUUGAGAAGCGAUCGAGUUACCAGGAAGGGAGUCUCUGGUUCUAUGCACCCAACAAAGGCGCACCCAUUGCCUUUGCUAUCCUUUUUGCCAUCUCCGGGAUUUUACAUGGGUACCAAUGCCACAAGUACAAGUCCUGGAAGGUGACCGGCCUGCUGCCGUGGUCUGCGCUGCUUUUCACGGCAGGGUUUGUGAUGCGCACGAUUGGGGCUUUUGAGCAUUGGGAUGACUUGGGUAUUUACAUUUCCAGCACCGUUCUAUUGCUAGCAGGGCCACCCGUCUACGAGGGAGCCAACUUUUUCAUCUUGGGCCGCAUCCUUUACUAUAUUCCGUAUCAUUCGCCCAUACACCCCGGCCGCGUCUUCACCACAUUUGUUGCCAUGGGAGUCAUUAUCGAAGUCCUGACAGCCAACGGAGCCGCGCUGGUGGCCAACACGUCGAAUCCGGAGGGCACUCAGAACACGGGCAAGGCGCUGCUCAAGGCAGCCCUCAUUCUCCAGAUCGCAUUGAUGGUCGGGUUCAUGGCUCUGGCCUCGAAGUUCUACCACAACUGCUCUCGCGCGGGUGUUUUGAAUGUGAAAGUCAAGCGGGCUCUUCACGUUCUAUUCUGCAGCUGCGUCCUCAUCACCAUCCGAACGAUUUUCCGGACCGUCGAGUAUUUCACGGCGGCCAGUCUGAACACCGGCAAUAUCAAAAACAUCAGUCCGCUGCUCAAGGAGGAGUGGUUCUUCUGGGUUUUCGAGACCGUGGUCAUGUAUAGCAAUACCACAUUGCUUAACGUGCUCCAUCCCAUGCGAUGGCUUCCGCGAUGCAACAAGAUCUACCUGGCAAAGGACGGGGUGACAGAAGUUGAGGGACCCGGCUACGAGGACCCUCGGCCUGCCAUUGUGACCUUCUUCGACCCUUUCGACGUGGUCGGUCUUAUCACGAGGCGCGAAAAGCCGCAGAAAUUCUGGGAAAUCGACGAAGCAAACAGUGCUCGGCCGGUGGGCGUAUAAGGCGCCGCGUCUUUGGAAACUUGGCAUUGAUCUGAUUUUUUGUUUAGUUUUGUUCUUGUCAGUUUAUGCAUCUCAGCAGGAUAGAUUGUAUCAAUUAUCAUAGAACGAGGUAGUGAACUACUCUGUCGUGG